AGGGAAGGAAGGAAAUGAAGAAGAAAAGGAGACUGUUUGAGAAGAAUCAGAAGAGAGGACGAACAGCAGAUAUUCAUCCUGAGCUUACACUUGACCAGAUCCAGAACCCUCCGGAUACAAGAAGAGGAGUUCUUAAAUCUAUAGGAUCCAGAUCUUCUCGGAGCUCUAGACGGAGUUCUGAAUUAUCCUUCACUAUCAAUGAAUCCCUGGAGUUGAACACGAUGUAUGAGUAUGGUCAGAGCAGAGCUAAUAAUAGAAGAUCCAGACCAAGGAGAAGAGAAGAGCGCCGGUCAACCUGGACCUGGGAGGCUGGUGCCCGGAGAUCAUCUGUUGCUGUCAUGGCUCUUCAUGUUCGGAAGAAUGAGAAGAGACACAAAAAAUAUUUUUCUAAAUCCGUUGCCCUGAAACCCCAGUCCAGAUCAGCUGUACAUUAUCUGGCAAUUUCUCCGCCCCGAAUCAGGAUUACAGAUACUUCAAGAGAACAUUCACCAAAAGAGGAUUUUCUUUCAGCUGCUCAGUUAGAGAAAGCAACAUCAAACCCUGAUAUUUUCAGCAGUCAUGCUCGCCGCAGGUAUGAGAGAAGGAAAUCUGGUUUAGGGUUUGGACAAAAUCAACAACUCUUCAGCUCCAACGAAAGUCUAGCGAGUAGUAUUCAGGACUACUCCUAUUCAGAGAAACAUAGUGGAAGGCUGAGUAAGCAUUCUAGUACUUCUUUAAGUCAUUUGGAGUUGGACUCUCGUCGGUCCAGUGGAGAGGCAUUUCUUCCUAACAAUACAUAUCAAGACGAGGAGAAAGUGGUUGGAUGGAAAUCUGAUCCAAGGAUCCAGGAUCUGGCAAGGAGUGGCAAAGAGGGAAGUAGUUCGUCUUCUAGUGGACAACGACAAAGUAUCUCAUCUUCAAACCGACAUUUUUCACAGGAGUCUCGAAUAUCUAGUGGUCAGUGCUCAAGCUCUUAUUCAUUCAAGAACUCAUCCCGGAGUAAUUCCAGUGCCAGCUCCGCGUAUCUUCUAGACUACGGAUCUGAGAGUAAACCUGUUAGUAUUGAUAGAUCCAGUGUUUUCAGCUCAAUGGAGGCGGAUUCUCGAAGAUCAAGUGCAGAGUUCUCCUCAACCAAUCAGAACUUUCCAACCUUUAUGAAGAACUUUGAGAACAUGUCUCCCAUCUCGGAAAUAUCAAGCUGCUCCUCCCAGAAGACGAGUCAGGCUAAGGAUCGAAAGGUUCCCUUAAGCCUCCAGCUCUCUCAGCAACCCAACAAAAUAUCAAGAAGACUUUCACCAAAGGUUGAGAGUUCAUUACUUAAACCCAGAUCACAUUCUCCAGCACUCUCUCCUUCCAAGUUCUCCGGCUCUUUCAUCAGUCCUUCUAAGAACCUGUCCGGAAAACAUCUCUGGAUAAAGAGAAGGUUUGAUCCCGUCUCCUCCCCUUUAUCCAGUCGUGAGAGCAGGUUGGAGAGCGGAGUUGAACCUGGAUCUGGGAUCAGGAGCAGCUAUAGUGUAGACGGACAGGAAAAGGUUCUAUUGUGCAGAUGUGAAGAAAAGAUUGAAAAGUUUCAUGAUCAUUCUCUAGCCUCCUCUUUCCCAGCUCUACACUCACAGUUUAAAAUCAGUUUGAAAAAGAGUUUGGUGAGAAUGGACCGACUAAGUAUACCGACUCCGAACCGAUCAGGGUUCCGGGAUAUCUCUAGACGAGGGCUAAAAAUAGUUUCUCCAAAAAGUGAUCCUGGACUCCGGGGAGAGAUAUCUCCUUCUGGUUCCAGGUGUAGGUUCUGCUCCUGUCCUUCUCCUUGGUUCCAAGAUUUUAGAUCUGAAGGAGCAAAUAAGAAGAAUUUUAUUCCAGGAGGUGAAAGGAAGGAUGAGUUAAAUUAUCAGGAUUUCUUUUAGUUCAUAUUUAAUAAUUGAAAAUAACCAUUCUUUU